AUGAAGGACAACGUUUUUCUCUUCUUCGAAACCUGGUAUGGCAACGCUAUAAUGGUCUUUAUCAUCCUCCACUUCGGAAUGCUGCCCUUUGAACGGACGACGCGGGCACAUGGUCGCUCCAAUCCAAGCCAGCAGCAACAGAGAACAGAUUCCCCUGACGGAUAUGGGACGUUUAUGCGAGACAUGUUCAGGAUAGAGAAUACACUAGAUUCGACCGAGCGAUAUCCCUUGUUCCAGCCGGUCGUCAUGAGCACAUACGUACCAUCCAUGGAACUCGACAUGGAUUUGCACAAUUCGAAUUCGACAUUCUUCUCAGAUCUUGAUGUAUGCCGAACCAAGCUGAUGGGGCAGAUUGUCGAGCCGGUAUGGCCAAUGGACGACAUGGAGAUUGAAUACGAAGACCAGGAUGGCAAAGACAAGCGGGAAAAGAUCGAAGGCCGGCCAGCUAUCAUACUGGGUGCGACUCAUACCUCUUUCAAGUACGAAAUUGAGCCACAGACCACCUACAGGAUCAAAUCACGCAUUUUAGGAUGGGAUUCCCGCUGGACUUUUGUGGGAUCUUGGAUCCUUGGCGAUACUGAACCAAAAGGGGUGAUUUAUGCCACCAGUUUGGCAAAGUAUGUCAUCAAGAAGGGGAGCGUUACGGUCCGUCCGGAGCAAUUCUUCACUGAAUGUGGAUGGCUUCCGCUUCGAAAUGAUCAAGGCCACAGAGAGAUGCAGCUAACGGGUAAGGAUAAAGUCUGGUCGUGGUUAGAAACCGAAGGAUAUGCAGAAAGCGGUAUCACGGUCAUCCGGACAUGGAAAGAAGCAAUUUUGCUUAUGGAACAAGAGUAUGAAGAUUGA